AUGUCCACCAAAUUUGACGCAGAGAAAGCCGAGAAUCUUGAGGAAAUCGAAAAACAGUUUGCAGUGAAGGCCGUCGGGCAUGCUCAGACUUAUUGGCAACUCUUAGAGGCUGUACCUCCAGUUGCCCUCAAGCUCACCAAAAUGGAUGAUGAGAUAUACAACGACUUUAUAGAGCAGUUCCCAGAAUACAAGCAAGAUCCUUCGAAGAUUGAAAUCAUUGAUGAAGAUGAGUUGAAAUCAAAGGAUAACAAGCCACGAUGGCACAAAUUUAUGACCGCGUAUGACAAAAAGAUUCAGGAUUAUACUUUUGGUUCCUUGCUUAGGAGAAACGCCAAGGAUGAUUAUACAGAGCAAAACACUAUGUUUGUGCCCAGAAUGCAGUUUUACGUGUUCGAAGCUGGGGAUGAACAUCAUGUGCAUAACAACGCCAAGUCUUCCAAGUGA